GUCCAUUUCCAGGUCCAAGUCAAGCUCAAGUCCAGGUCCAAGUCCAGGUCCAAGUCCAGUUUUGUCCAAGUCAAGUCUAGGUCCAAAUCCAGUCCAGGACCUAGAUCAAAAUUUAGGUCUAUCCUAUCCUUUCUAUCUAGAUGAUCUUAUUCUGGAUGAUUCUCCCUUCCUAUCUAUCCUUCCUUCCUAUCCUUCCUUCCUAUUCUAUCCUAUUCUUCCUUCUCAUUCAAUCCAAGUCCAGGUACAUGUCCAGGUCCAAGUCAAGUCUAGGUCUAAAUCCAGUCCAGGGCCUAGGUCAAAAUCUAGGUCAAAUUCAAAGUUUUUCCUUAUUUUGCGAUUCUGACACUACACUUUAAUUAUAUUGUUCGAAAUUUUGUAUACUUGUAGCCAAGAGUGUGCUAAUAGUGUUAGCCUUUUGCCGUCAGAAAGUAUUUUGACCCACUUUUGAGAUAUGGUGUCCGAAAAGUAGGUCAAAAUAAAAAGUUUUCCAAAUUUAACGUAUGAGUUAUGACUUAAGAGUAAAAUUUUAUAAGGAAUCCGAAUCUGCAAACCAAAUUUCGAUCCGACUUCUUGUUCGGAAGUUAUGACAUUUUGAAAGCUCAAAAAUCGCUAAAUUUGGUGCCCCAUGUUAUGUCAAUGGGAAAAAAGAUUUUUUUGAAGUGUAAAAUUCGAGAUAUAGACUAAGUACAGCUUGAAAUAAUGAAAGCCAAUGAAAGAAGGGGACCUCAAAGGCUACCUAACUUCAAAAUUUGGACACCAAAAUCCCUAGGUCAAAAUCUAGGUCAAAUUCAUAGUUUUUCCUUAUUUUUGUGAUUCUGACACUAUAUUGAAAUGAUUUGCUUCAAAAUUUUGUAUACAGGUAGGAAAGAGUGUGCUAAUAGUGUUAGCCUUUUGCCGUCAGAAAGUAUUU